AUGUCUGUCGAAGUAAUCAACACCAUCUCCCCAAACACCAACGAGGCCAUCAUCACUCGCAAUGGCGCCUCAGCAGCAGACCUCGACCUGAUGCCCAAGGUCGCCACCGAAGCGUUUGAGAAGUUCCGCAAGACUACCCUUAAGGAAAGACAAGAAUUUGUCAGGAGAUUCCUCAAGGAGCUUUCUAGCCACGAGGCUGAGCUUGCCGAGGAAUUGACCGUCCAGAUGGGCCGCCCAAUUGCCUUCACCGGCAAGGAAAUUACAACGGCUGUCAAGCGUGCCGAAUACCUGCUUAAGAUUAGCGAUGAGGCCCUCAAGGACACCGAGGGAGAAGCGGAAAAGGGUUUCAAGCGGUUCAUUCGCAAGGUGCCUGUCGGACCUGUGCUCAUUAUCUUUGCGUGGAAUUAUCCCUACCUUAUUCUCGUCAACUCGCUCAUCCCAGCUAUUUUGGCUGGUAAUACCGUCAUCCUCAAGCCCUCUCCCCAGACACCUACAAUCGUCGAGCGUGUGACCCAAUUCUUCGCGAAAGCCGGACUCCCAGAGGGGGUUAUUCAAUAUUUCCACUGCGGUUCGCCCAGCGUCAUGGAACCGCUAAUUCGGGAUCCAAGAAUCGCCCACGUGUGCUUCACCGGCUCCGUGGCCGGCGGCCUGGCAGUUCAAAAGGCAGCUUCUGAUCGCAUUGUGAAUGUUGGCCUGGAGCUGGGCGGCAAGGACCCUGCCUACAUUCGAGACGACGUAAAUAUUGCCUGGGCUGCCGAGGAGAUUGUGGAUGGAGCCGUCUUCAAUUCUGGGCAGAGCUGCUGCUCGCUUGAGAGAGUGUACGUUGACGAGAAAAUUCACGAUGCCUUUGUCGAGGCUGUGCGAAAGGUGCUGAUGGGAUACAAGUUGGGAGAUCCAUUUGACAAAGCGACUCACGUAGGGCCGGUCAUUUCUAAGCGUUCCAAGCAGGCGAUUGAGUCGCACAUCAAGGACGCCUUAGACAAAGGUGCCAAGGAUGCCACACCAGAAAACGAGAGCUUCAGCAACCCACCACCCAAAGGCAACUUUGUGAAACCCACGCUACUAACCGGGGUAGACCACUCCAUGACGGUAAUGACGGAGGAGACAUUUGGACCCGUAAUUCCAGUCAUGAAAGUCAAGAGCGAUAGUGAGGCCAUCAAGCUCAUGAACGACAGUGAAUUUGGCCUCACCGCCAGCAUCUGGACCAAAGACACAGCCAAGGGAUACGAAUUGGCAGAGGAAGUGGAAGCGGGUACUGUCUUUGUAAACCGCUGUGACUAUCCCAGCCCUGAUCUCGCUUGGACCGGGUUCAAGAACUCAGGCAAAGGCCAGACACUGGGGCGAUUCGGAUUUGAGCAAUUUGUCAAAUCCAAGAGCUUCCAUGUCAAGGACUAUCCGAACUAA